GAGAGAUAUAAAUAGCUGCAGCAUGUAGGGGUACUGAGGAGCCUACUGGCUCUACUGUUUUUAACGCCACCGAAGGCACAGCCAUUUGACUGAAGACUGUGUUUUCCCAGAGCUUGUGCACUGAAACUUUCUGGACUAACAGAUGAGCACAAAGACAGAAGAUGAUUUUUAUCAAUCGGAGGACGACUUGGAUGAAGACGAGGCAACGCAAUAUAUGAUUGAACAAAGUCUGAUUCAAUAUAGAAAGCUCAAAGGAUUGAAUCCAAGUGAUCUGAAACCCAGUGAAGACCCUGAUGAGAUUUUCAAAGCAAUCAGGGAGGGUGAUGAAGAUGCACUGAACAGAAUGAUAGUGCAACCAGAGACUCUGUCCAGGGUUGAUGACCGAGGGUGGAUCCCACUGCACGAGGCUGCAGUCCAAGAGAAUAAAAGGAUACUUGAGAUUAUCUUCUCAGCAUCACCCCCAGGUGCAGUCCAGUGUCGUACCCUGAAGGGUGAGACUGCACUGUUUCUGGCUGUGGUUCAUGGACUCAGAAAGAAUGCCACAUUCCUGUUACAGAACGGUUGUAGCCCAGAUCUCCAGAACGAUGAGCAGGAUUCUCCAUUAGUGGCAGCUAUUCUCAAUGACCAGUACGACUUGGCCACACUAUUGCUUCGCUACAAUGCCAAAGUAGACCAAACAGGACCACUAAACAGGACAGCUCUACAUGAAUCCGCCUUCUUAGGCCUGGAGAACUUUGUCUAUCUGCUCCUAGAGUCGGGUGCCGACCCGAAUGCAUGUGACAUCAAAAAGAAAACUCCACUGUCUCUGGCUGCACUGAAUGGACAUCUGAAUGUGGUUGAGGUCCUGUUACAGAAAGGAGCCCAUGUGUGCUGUGAAUCUGAGUCGGGCACCGUCUUGUUUGACGCAGCAGCAUCAGGAAACCCUGACAUAAUCUCCUUACUCCUGGACCAUGGAGCAGAUCCCAACCUACCUCUUUACAGUGGGCACCUGCCAAUUCACCGUGUGGCCUACCAUGGACACAUACUGGCCCUGGAGCACCUCAUUCCAGUGACUAAGCUGGACGCUGUAAAGGAAAGUGGGAUGAGUCCUCUCCAUUCUGCAGCCGCCGGGGGACAUGCCCAUUGUGUGGAGAUGCUGCUUAAAGCUGGCUAUGAUCCAAACUUCAUGCUGCACCCAAGGGUGCGCCGCAACUAUGAUGAUGAGCGCAAGUCUGCCCUCUUUUUUGCUGUGUCCAACAAUGAUCUUCAGUGCACCCGCUUGCUGUUAGAGGCUGGGGCAAUGGUGAACCAGGAUCCUAUUAACUGUUUGCAGGUGGCUCUUAGGCAGGGCAACUAUGAGCUAAUCAACACAUUACUGAAGUCUGGUGCAAAUGUCAACUACUACUCCCGUAUCAACAGCACUCACUUCCCCUCUGCACUACAGUAUGCCUUGAAAGACGAGGUCAUGCUGAGAAUGAUUCUGAACCAUGGAUAUGAUGUUAAGCGUUGCUUUGACUGUCCCUACGGCAACAGUUCCCAUGACUACACUCCUUGGUCGACCUCAAUCAUUAAAGACAUGGUGUUCUGUGAGGUCAUAACAGUGUCCUGGCUUAAGCACUUAUCUGCUCAGGUGGUGCGCAUCAUGCUCGACUACACCGACCACGUCUCCUUCUGCACCAAACUUAAAGACACCUUGGAGGAGCAGAAACAGUGGCUGGAGAUCUGUCACAUUCAAAGAAAUGCAAGGAGCCUGAAGCACCUGUGUCGGUUGCGGAUAAGGGAGCAUCUCAGUCGCUUGCGCUUGAGAGCCCCAGUUUUCAUCAACUUCCUUCCUCUUCCUACCAGGCUGAAAGAUUACCUACGCUACAAGGAGUUUGAUGUUUACAGCAGGGGCAGCAUGUUUAACCCAGAGUGAAACACAUUUACAGUUGUCACAGAUACCACUGUGACAAAGGGGGCAAAGACAGUCACUAUCCAUUAUAUCUUUGCCUUGAUAUUGUGUGUUUUGGAAAGCACUUUCCAAGUAAAUGUACUUUAUGCCUUACAAUACUAUUUGUACAAAACUGUAUGUAAUUUUUAGUUCUUUCUUUUAAUAGUUACAGUGACACAUUAAUGCCUUGUGUAAAAAUUUACUGUUAUAGCAAAUGGGUCCUAAAGGAAAAACAUGCAUGGGAUUGCAUUAAUAUUCUAAUUAUUAUUUCAAGCUGUCACAUUUUAUAAUGUGAAUACAGAAUGUAAUGCAAUAAAGCAUACAGACAGUAUAUAAUUACAAUGUUUACAAUGUUAUUAAAAACAUCUAAAAUUGCA